GAAUCACAGAAUUUAACCGAUGUCUCAGAAUUCCUGCUCUUAGGGCUCUCUGCUGACCUGGAAUUACAACCCUUCAUUUUUGGGCUAUUUUUGUCUAUGUACCUGGUCACCAUUCUGGGGAACCUACUUAUCAUGAUGACCAUCAGCUCUGACUCCCACCUCCACACCCCCAUGUACUUCUUCCUCUUCAACCUGUCCUUGGCUGACAUCGGUUUCACAUCUACCACCAUCCCAAAGAUGCUUAUGGAUAUUCACUCUCAUCAAGGAAUCAUCUCCUACACAGGCUGCCUGAUUCAGUUGUCCUUUUAUAGUAUUUUUGCAUGUUUGGACAGUCUGGUUCUGACUGUGAUGGCCUAUGAUAGGUUUGUGGCAAUCUGUCACCCCCUACACUAUCAGGUUAUCAUGAACCCCCAGCUGUGUGGUCUGCUGGUUCUACUGUCUUUUAUCAUCAGCCUUUUGGACUCCCAGCUGCACUUCUUAAUGGUAUCACAGCUAAUAUUCUGUUCAGAACUGGAGAUUCCUCAUUUCUUCUGUGACCCUCUUCAACUCCUCAAACUUGCCUGUAGGGACAAUUCCUCCAGUAACAUUUUAAUAUAUUUUAUUGUUGCCAUCUUUGGUGGAAUUCCAGUCUCACUGAUCAUUUACUCCUAUACUAAAAUUGUUUCCUCCAUUCUGAGAGUCCCGUCUUCAGCAGGAAAGUAUAAAAUCUUUACCACCUGUGGCUCUCACCUGUCUGUUGUUUGCUUAUAUUAUGGAACAGGCAUGGGAGUGUACCUGAGCUCAGCUUACUCACAUUCACCCAGAAGGAGUGCAGUUGUCUCAGUGAUGUACACCCUUGUCAUCCCCAUGCUGAACCCCUUCAUCUACAGCCUGAGGAACAAGGACAUCAAGAGAGCCCUGAGGAGGACCCUCAAGGGAACAUCCCUACCUCAAUAA